AUGACUUCACUAAUAAUAAACUCUACCUUCCUUCUAACACUACUUAUACUAACACUACCCCUAAUAACACCCAUACACCCGCCAAAGGAAUGAUUAGUUACAAAAACAAAAACAACUGUAAAAACAGCAUUCUUCACUGCCCUAAUUCCAUUGGAUUACUUCUUCCCUACUAACAUCGAAUCAAUCAUCACCAAUCUGCAUUGAUCUAACAUGUUUACAUUCAAUAUUAACAUAAGCUUUAAAUUCGACCAAUACUCCAUUAUAUUCGUACCCAUCGCCCUAUACGUCACAUGAUCCAUCCUAGAAUUUACCCAUUGAUAUAUAUCUGCGGACCCCCACAUCACAAAAUUUUUCAAAUACCUGCUAACCUUCCUAGUAGUCAUAAUAAUCCUAGUUACAGCCAACAACAUACUCCAACUCUUCAUUGGCUGAGAAGGAGUAGGAAUCAUAUCAUUCCUACUAAUCGGCUGAUGACGAGGACGAGUAGAAGCAAACUUAUCAGCCCUACAAGCUAUCCUUUACAACCGUACAGGAGACAUUGGACUAAUCCUUACCAUAUCCUGAUUAGCUAUAAACAUAAAUACAUGAGAACUCCAACAAAUCUUUGCCAACACUAACCCAAUUCCACUGCUCCCACUCCUCGGCCUCAUCUUAGCUGCAACAGGAAAAUCAGCCCAAUUCGGCCUUCACCCCUGACUACCGGCAGCUAUAGAAGGCCCAACCCCGGUCUCAGCAUUACUGCACUCCAGUACAAUAGUCGUCGCUGGCAUCUUCCUACUCAUCCGAAUCCACCCUAUCCUAACUACCAGUAAUUUAGCCCUCUCAAUCUGUCUAUGCCUAGGAGCUACCACUACCUUAUUUACAGCAUUCUGCGCUCUCACCCAAAAUGACAUUAAAAAAAUCAUUGCCUUCUCCACAUCAAGCCAACUUGGCCUUAUAAUAGUAACUAUUGGUCUAAAUCAACCACAACUAGCCUUCUUACAUAUUUCUAUACACGCCUUCUUCAAAGCCAUAUUAUUCUUAUGCUCCGGAUCCAUCAUCCAUAACCUCAAUGAUGAACAAGAUAUUCGAAAAAUAGGAGGGCUGCACAAACCCCUACCAAUCACCUCCUCAUGCCUAACCAUUGGCAACAUAGCACUAACAGGCAUACCAUUCAUAACUGGAUUUUACUCCAAAGACAUCAUUAUUGAAGUUAUAAACACAUCAUACCUAAACGCCUGAGCCCUACUCCUAACACUAAUCGCAACCUCAUUCACCACAAUCUAUAGCCUACGAAUUACAAUAUUCGUACAAACAGGACAACCUCGAUACUCUUCCAUUAUCUUACUAAAUGAAAACAACCCCACAGUCAUUAACCCAAUCACCCGCCUUGCCAUAGGCAGCAUCAUCGCCGGACUUAUCAUCUCACUAAACACCAUACCACUAAAUACCCCACCCACAACAAUACCAACAUACAUAAAAAUUGCAGCACUAACAAUAACAACCUUGGGCCUACUAUUAGCCCUAGAAUUAAUUUCAAUAACCAACAAAAUACCCACAAAACCCUCUAACAUCCACAACUUCUCCAACUCACUAGCCUACUUCAACACCCUAGUUCAUCGUUUAUUCCCAACAAUUAACCUAAAAUUCAGCCAAAACACUGCAACCCACUUAAUCGACUUAUCCUGAUAUGAAAACAUUGGCCCAAAGGGCCUAGCCAAAUCACAAAUCACCCCAAUUACACUAACCUCAUCACAAAAAGGCCUCAUCAAGAUCUACAUAACUUCAUUUAUCCUAUCAAUCAUACUACUAUUUAUCAUAACCUAA